AUGGCAGCGUCGUCUUCACUGCCCGAUCUGCCACCCAAUUACCUCAAGGCCCUCGAGCUGAUCGACGAGGCCCACAAGCAAGAUCCCAGGCCAUCGUCCGUUGAGUCGGUUCCUUUUGAGCUUCACUAUGCCCAGAAGAUGACGCGCUGGCUCGCCGUCAGGUCUCCGACGGCCCCUCCGGUCCUACAACUGGCCUGCCGAGCCCAACAUUUCAGGAGAUGGGAAAUCCCCCGCAACACAUACCCAAUGACCCGUCCGGGCUACCUCACCUGGCGCGCGAAGCUCAAGUCCCAAGCCGCCGCUCAGGUGGCUGAGCUCCUCGCCUCAUCGCCCGACAUCCAGCCCGCCAUCCCCCAGGAGGACGUCGACCGCGUGGCGGCACUUAUCCGCAAGGAGAACCUCAGCAAGGACGAGGAGACGCAGGUGCUUGAAGACGUGGCAUGCCUCGUCUUCCUCGACGAUCACUUCGACGACUUUGAGAGCAAAGAGGAGGUUGACGAGGAUAAGAUUAUUGGCAUCCUGCGCAAGACGUGGGCCAAGAUGAGCGAGGAGGGGCACGCGCUGGCGUUGAAGAUGAAUCACAGCGAAAGGGCAUUGACGAGCGAGAGAAUCUCCCCGCGGGCCCUGAGGGUGCAAUCCACCCCCGCCUGCAUGGGGGGCGGCCAUCAUCCAAGGGCAAUUGCCAGAGUCGCAUCAAAAGGGAAACCCGGGGAGGACGGCACGCUGCAGCCCCACCAUCCCGAGGGACCCUCUCGGCGCAAUACCGCCCGAAAUCGACUACCCCCUUCGGUCCCGGGACAUGUCAGACUACGCCUUGGCGCCCGGCCCGCGACGACAUACAAAGACGGUGAUGCAAGUCUUCACCUCUCAACAUCAUCCCUCUCUCUGACGCCAUUCUUCUACCCAUCUCACCCAUACUCCUAUGAUAAGAACAUGCCCCCUCUUACACUGACGCCGGCCGAGGUAUCAAGACACAACCGCCUCGACGACCUCUGGCUCGCAAUCGACGGCGUCGUCUACGACUUGACAGACUUUGUUCGCGAACACCCGGGCGGCAUCGCCGUGAUUCUCAAGUGCGCAGGCAAAGACGCCACAGAAGUCUACUCUGAAGUCCACGGGCCCAACCUGGUCAAGUCGACCAUUCCCACCUCGCACCACAAGGGCGUCCUACCCCCGGGAGCCAUCAUGGCGAAACCUCAACCUCACAAGUGGCCGCAGCAGCAGCAGCAGCAUCGAGAUCCAUCCCAAAAACAAGACAGCCAAACACCACCAACACCACCAACCAUGCCCUCAAAGCCUCCCCUCACAACCCUCAUCAGCGCCCACGACUUCGAAUCCGCAGCCUCCACCUCCUUCUCCCCCAAAGCCUGGGCCUUCGUCUCCUCCGCCGCAACAGACCUCUUCACAAAAACCCGCAACGCGACCCUCUACUCCCAAAUCACCCUCCGCCCCCGCGUCCUCGUCGACGUCGCCGCCGUCUCCACCGCCACAACCAUGCUCUCCCACCCGAUGCGCGCCCCCAUCUUCUGCCCGCCCACCGCAAUGGCCCGCCUCGUCCACCCCGAAGGCGAAAAGGAACUCGGCCGCGCCUGCAAAUCCGCCGGCGUCCCGCAGUGCGUCUCCGUCUCCGCCUCGUUCCCGCUCGAGGACAUCCUCGCCGCCCAGCGCGAGCACGAACCCGCGACUCCCUACGAUGUCCCCGUCUUCUUCCAGCUCUACGUCGACAAGAACCGCGCCAACUCGGAACGCCUGCUGCGCUCCGCCCAAGCACAGGGCGUGAAAGCCCUCUUCCUCACAAUCGACGCCCCGAUCCCCGGAAAACGCGAGGCUGACGAGCGCGUGGCCUCCGACGAGUCCCUGGGCUCCCCCAUCUCCGGCGCCCGCGCCGUCAACGACGCCAAGGGUGGCGCCCUCGGCCGCAUCAUGGGCAGCUACAUCGACGCCUCGGUGAGCUGGUCCGACAUUGCCUGGCUGCGCCGCACCGUCCCGGGUCUCCCCAUCGUCCUCAAGGGCGUGCAGACGUGGAUGGACGCCGAGCGGGCCGUCGAGGCCGGUGUCGAGGCCAUUGUCCUCUCCAACCACGGCGGGCGGAGCCUCGAUACCUCCCCUGCGACCAUCAUGGUGCUGCUGGAGCUGCAGAAGAAUUGCCCGCACGUGUUUGACAGGGUCGAGGUGUACGUGGACGGCGGCAUCUCGCGUGGGACGGAUAUCUUCAAGGCCUUGUGUCUUGGUGCCAAGGCCGUGGGUGUUGGGAGGGGUUUGUUAUAUGGGCUUAAUUAUGGUGCUGAGGGCGUGGAGCGAUACAUCGAGAUCCUGCGAGACGAACUGGAAACGACGAUGAAAAUGUGCGGUGUCACAAACCUAAACCAAGUCCACCCAGGUUUCCUCAAUACCUUGGCCGUGGACCACCUCAUCCCGGGACGACAUGAUAACCCAAAUACACCCUGGCGCCGUGAUCUACACAGCAAGCUGUAA